CUCUGGUUUUUCUUGUCGGCCUGCUCUUGUCUGUAACUUCUGAGGAACGCUGUCGUGCAUCAUCUCUGCUCUCGUCACUAGUGAUCUGUAGAGCAAAAUUCUUGUAGUGAAACCACAGACGUCAACCACAUUUGAUGACAAGGACUUUAGAAGAAACUCGGAGGACAAACAUGAGGAAUAAUUAGAAUUUUGUGUGUUCAAUCUUUUUUUUUUCUCAGGAUUAUGGAGGAGCGGAAGGAGUAUAACAACAAAACAUGUUUGAGAAGAAGCAGCGUGCACAGAGAGCGAGUCCUAACAGAGGAAGUUAAACUUUAGGAUGAAUACAACUUACUAUGUUCAGCAAGAAAUUGCAAUGAAGAUACAUGAAAAAGGCUGGAAUGUGAAUCAAGAGGGAAACAACCAUUACAGGAGUAAAGGUUGGGCAAAGGAGUGACAUGACUGUUUUUUAACUGUCAUAGUGUUUGAGCAAAACAUGACAUAACUCUGUGUGGAUCCGUCUUUUGGUGGAAUUUACUGCAGUGCCUUCACAAAUAUGUUGACAUUUGACCUCUGGAUUUGACGAAGCAUAUUUAUUCCUAAAUGUCUCAUAAUCCAAAAGACAACCAGGCCUUGCUGCAGUCUAUGCUGCAGAGACUGAAACUACAGCCGGGAAGAGACGGUCAGGCGUUCUCGGAGACACCUGCACCUGUAACAGUCUCGUCCACAUGGGGGCAAGGUGGAGGGGGAGGAGGGCCCGACCUCAAGAAUAUGAACAACUGCUCUGUAAACGGCUUCCAGCCUGCUGCCGACAAAGGGCCCGAAGGACAGCAACCGAGUCACUGUGAGGUGGACGGGGGUGUCUCUUCCUUUCCCUCCCAAAAGGGGGAAAACACUGAUGAGGACGCGGGUGAGAAAAGGGUGUUGGGUUCAACCGUGUUGCCUGAUAUCACCUCGACAGGAAGGGAGCAUCAGGUUCCCGUCAGAUCGGAUGCAGAUGUCUCAUCCUUUGCAGGUUCUGCGAUAGGACACACUCGCGGUGAUGAGGAUGCCGUGAAAAGCGCCGGGCCCGUUCACGAGCAGAACCAGGGUUUUACUCCCAAACUCUAUGCGUGGUCCUCGAAGUCCACAAAUGCAAGUGCAGACGCGGGAGGUGAUGCGAGUAAAGUGGCAAAUGGAGAUGUAGAGGAAAGUAAAGACGUGAGCAGCCCGAUAACGAAUAACAGCAGCCUGAGGAGAAAACAGCGAGCGUCUGAGAACAAAACCAGGAGGUGGACACAGAAGAUCAAGGAAAGAUGGAGGGACAAGCAUGGGAGUUUCAGAAAAAAGGAAAAAGAGGAAGGUGGCAGAAUGGCUCAGAAGAGUGAGCAGGCGUCACCUCAAUAUGAGCUGCUAACUGGUGGUACUAUGAUCACACCAGCACCUAAGGAGGAAGAAUUGACCCCUCCUCCACUACAUAACAGCGAUCCCAGUAAACCCCCCCCUGCGCCCACGGAGAGCAGCAGUGCUGACGGACACCCCAGUGACUUUGAAUUUGGUCUGGGGUCGUUCAGUCUGCUUGAGGAGAUCACCAUGGGUCAAGAGUGGGCUAAGUUCCUGAACCCUAACCUCUCAGCCACAUCAGUCCAUCAGAGCCCAUCAGAGGAUCCACUGGGCCAGUACAAAGUCUCACCUAGUUCAUACAGCGGCGUUCAGCCGUGUGCGAUAGCAAGCCAGCAGGGAGGAGAAAGCAACCAGUGGAGCUUCUGGCGUACCAAGGCCACACCAGGUUUAAAUCUGGGCCCGGUUCAGGACUCACCUGAUGGUCCCCUACCUGUCAGCAUGGAGGUUUCAGAGAGCAAACAAGAGUCUGUUCCCAGACGGGCAGAUCUGACAGAGCCAAUGGACGAUGGUUGGAUGCAGCCUGUGGACAGAGGCUUGGGACGGCAGCAUAGGCCGCAGUCCUUUGUACAGACUGCAGGUAUUCUGGACAGCAGCCGAGCCCAACUCAACAGGAAGAGACCGCAUCAGUCAGGCGAGAGGCUUCAAAUAGACAGAGACACACGCCGAGAGAGGUCUAUAUCCGCACCAAGCGCAAUCAGCUGCCAGGAGAUGGGUGAACCAGAAGGGACUCAGCAUCAUAAUUCCCUAUACACGCCACAAUCACCCACUCCCUGUUCUCCAUCUGCCCUUGUGCCCCGGGGUGUCCUGAAACACUCAGUAUCCCAGGAUUCAGAGGCCUCAAUGGAAACUAUGUCGAAAAGGAGGCGAGUUGAGGAGAACCGGCGUGUUCGUUUUUCAGAGGAUGUGGUGGCCAUAGAACCUCCAGAUAUAGAUCUGGAGGCUUUCGACUCAGCAGAUGAGUCCGGAGGGGAGGAGGACUCUGUGAUAGAGCAGGAGUGUGAGGUGGAGCAGUCGCCGGUUGAGGUCGGGGCACCAGUGCGUCGGCACGCACUCCCGGCCUGGAUACUGGCCCUGAAGAGGAGGAAGAACCGAUAGACUUUAACACUGACUCAUCUCCCUGAAAUAAGGGCAGCAGCAAAAGAGACUAAAAACAAAACAAGCGACUAGGACACAAGGACACAUUUUUAAUCAAUACCAGUUUUUAUUAUUCAUGCUCUCCUCUAUGUCCUGACUGGAUUUUACCUCCAGUGGUCAUUCAGCUGUAUAAUCGUUAAGUUGAUUUGGUUACUGGAAUAAAUAAUCUUCUUCUUAUAGGUAUUUUUAAAAUUGA